AUGCUCAAUUCACCUACGAUGGCUUCAUUGUUAACCCUGCCACAAGAGCUCUUGGCCCAUAUUGCUACUAUUCUUUACAACCGGACGCCUCGAACUGGCAAUGAACCAGUCGUUAAUGCACCAGCUGCCCCUCCCCCAGAUCGAGAGUCGGUGUCCGACUUGUCGAAAACCUGUAGACAACUCAGAAGUUUUGGCCAGGCCGAGCUCUUCACAUCCAUAACUUGUAAAGACGAUCCUAUCCAAGCCAUUCGGCUCAUCCGUACACUCCUAUCAAGGCCAGACCUGGGUGCCAAAGUAAAGGAGAUUAUUCUGAGCGACUUUGACGCGGAUAACUAUCGAAACUCACCAGAGGCGGAAAGUGAAUGGCUCAUCACACCCGACGACGAAGCAGUGUUGAACGAGGCGCUAGAACGAUUCGAUGUCCGUUCUCUUACAGAUUCAGCUGGUGAAGAGGUCUACACCGGCGUUCCAUUGAGAAUCGAGGCAGUGAAAAAGAGAAAAGCGCCGCGGUUUCCAUGGAGCCCAGAGCAGAGUGGAAUUGCGGCUCUAGCCAUUUUACUCUCACCAAAUGUCUACAAUAUUGCCCUCCAUGCUCAUAAUUGGACGAUACCUCACUUUGCUACACCACUCUGCACAUUUGACCACCUGACCGAAAUCACAUGGGAGCCAGGUCCAGAUGGUGAGGGUGUGAAGAUUGACGGCAGCAUGGAAUGGUUAAUGGAUGCCGCGCCAAACUUGAAACGCUUCUAUGGGUACAUCGUUGAAGAUAUGGAGGGCGGGGGCUCUCAUAAGGGCGUCACGAAUGUUGUCAUGGGCUACAGUUAUUUGGACAGCUCCUGCUUUGACUUGAUUGUUAGCACCUUUCCAAAUAUGACCGACUUUACAUAUACUGCAGACUCGGGACCAACCUGGGGCAGCACUACGGAGGCUACACCUGCAGAGAUUAUAGAUGCACUGCUGCCUUUGAAAGAUAAGUUGACUUCGUUGACUUUGGACUUGAACUUUUCCCCAGCCGCCCAGGAUGACGAUUGGGAUGAAGAUGAGGUCAACAUGUCAAAUCUGAGUCAGAUGACGGCCCUCGGGUAUCUUAGCGUCACCUGUAUGGGUGUUAUCAAGGAAGAGUCUGAUGAUGAGGAUUCAGAAUCAGAGGACGAAGAUGAAGACGAAGACGAAGACGGAAAUGAACAGAGCAACGAAACCAAAGAGGCUAAACCGAUCAAAGAGACGUCACACGUCAAAUUUCUGCAAUCUCUUAUGGCCCCGAAUCUCGAGGUGCUUCACGUGUUGGGAGUCCCAGAAGACUUCAAGAUCAUGGCCUUUGCAGACAUCGCUGCCGCCUCGUAUCCUAAGUUGAAAGAGAUUGGCAUGGGCUACCAUCUGAGUGAUCAUAAAGGAGAAGGGGCAGUGUUAAAAGCAUACUUCAAAGAGAGAGGUAUCAUUGUAGUAUAGCAGGGUAGUUCUACACCCGCAGUAAACUGUACAUGUUAAUCAGUAACGUUCAACCAAUUACGAAAAAUAAAAUAG